CACAAAAAAAAAGUCAAAUGACAAUGUCAAAAAGAUCGUCUUGUGUGGUCUUGUGUAAAUAACACAAUCGCGAUUAUUUUUUAUUUCAAUGUGGAAUUAAAAUACAAUUAUUGACACGUUGAGUCGACGGAAUAAAUUAAAUAUUCUGGUGCACCAUUUGCUGACUUAUCUUGCACUAGUUACAUAAAAGACAAUUUGAUGCUGAACCUUAGAAAGAACCAUCUGGUUCCUUGCUGAAUAUAUCAAAAUGAAUACCCCUACAUCGAAAGAAAACAUGGGGCACACCCCCAAUUUGAAAACACAUAGUGUACGCAGCGAUUGUGUUAGCGUGCAGUCCACUCAGAGUUCUACAGCUGAUAAGCAACGUAUAAAUGGGGAGGUUGCUUUGACACCCACUCACAGUUCUUUCGCACUUCAAGGAACAAACCCUCAUAGUUCUAUGACUGCUAUUACACCUAUGGCUAGUGGGUCGAGUCAAGCUAAAAAUAGUGUUAAAUUGCAGAAUUGUGUCUCAACAGUAAAUCUCGGUUGUGAAUUGAAAUUGCUUGACAUUUACAGUAGAACAAGAUUUUCAGAAUACAAUCCACAGAGGUUUCAGGGUGUUGUUAUGAGGAUUCUUGAACCUCGAGUAACAGCUUUAGUUUUUAGGUCAGGCAAAAUCGUAUGUACAGGAGCAAGAAAUGAACAUGAUUCUUAUGUAGCGGCCAGGAAAAUUGCUAGAAUUAUUCAAAAGCUUGGAUUUAGUGCAAAGUUCUUAGAUUUCAAAAUACAAAAUUUCAUUGCAACAGCUGAUUUGCGGUUCCCAGUAAGAUUAGAGGCACUACAACAAGCACAUGGACAGUUUUCUUCAUACGAACCUGAGUUAUUUCCGGGCCUAGUUUAUAGAAUGGUUCGACCACGAGUGGUACUGUUAAUAUUUGUCAAUGGAAAAAUUGUAUUAACAGGAGGCAAGACUAGAAAUGAAAUUUAUGAAGCCCUAGACAUAAUUUACCCAAUAUUACGAAGCUAUAGAAAGAGUUAGCAGUCAAGCAAUCACCUGUAUUCAAUUAAGUACCUAUUAUUCUUAAAAAAUAAUUAAUUAAACAGUGCUGUACCAUUAUUCGAAGCCUUUAUAAAGAGAGAUAGUGUCUGUUGUUUCCAGUUUGAGUACUAGUUUUGACGUAAACUUUGUAAGUAGGAACUUGUAAAUAAAUAAUUAGGUAAUUGUGAAUAAUAAGGUGAUUUUAUUUCAUACAUAAUUUAUGAUAACAAUGUUAUAACUUAUGAUAUAAAUUAAUCAAAACCAUUAUUUAUUUUUUUGACAGAAAAUCUGAAAUCAACUGAAGUGUAAAAUAAUGAAAGGCUUAAUUGGCUUGUACCCAGAGCAUCAGAUUAAAAAAAUUACACCCACUAGGUUUAUUCCAAUUGUGCCCUGUAGAACGUGCGAGACAAAAUUGGUUUAUUCCAAUUUGUACUGCAAAAUCAAAUUUACUAAAAACUUAGUGUGCUUUUCUUUAUAUGAGUCUCGUUUAUCUAAAAUAAUAACAAAAUAAAUAAUAUUAUAAUAACUAUUAAACACUGUAAGGCCCGGUACCAAUCAGCUUUAAUUAUUUCUAACUAGCUUUCCGCCCGCGGCUUCGCCCGCGUGGAAUUUUGUCUGUCACAGAAAAACUUUAUCGCGCGCGUCCCUGUUUCAAAAACCGGGAUAAAAACUAUCCUAUGUUCUUUCCCGGGACUCAAACUAUCUCUAUGCCAAAUUUCAUCAAAAUCGGUUGCGAGGUUUAAGCGGGAAAGCGUAACAGACAGACAGACAGACAGACAGACAGACAGAGUUACUUUCGCAUUUAUAAUAUUAGUUGGGAUUAGUUGGGAU